AAGCGAAGUAAGUUCACUCAGGGCUUGCGUUUCUACAUGCUCUGGAAAGAUUAGUGCGCUGGAAUAAGAGAAAUUAUUUCGACCCAAACAACUUUAAGACCCAGCUAAACGUGGACGCGUUGCAGCGCUGUGAGCGUCAAAGUUUUAGAAAUGGGAGUUGGAACGCGUUCUUCAGCCAAGAAAACUCAGGGUAGGUGGCAUGUUCGACCGCUCGCGUUCGCAAGAGAAAACGUGUUUUGAAUGUGGGUUGUUUGGAAAUUCCUUCACAAGCUAGCGAGAAGAUUGAUAAAUUAUAAUGCUUUGAUUUCAGAAGAGGAAGAGUUAAAGGCCAAGUUGGCAAAUAGAGUCGACGCUGAAACUCAAACGGACCCUGAUAUUACGGGAGUUGACGCUGACGAUUUCGAAGAAGACGAUGGCGAAGAAGAAUCAGGCUCGGAGAGCAGCGAAGAGGAGGAGGAUGGAGAAGGAGAAGAAGCACAGUCUAGGGGUGUCGACAAGGGAACGUCUUCUAAACCUGUGCGCCGCAAAAUCAUUGAGCUGAAGUAUUAUUUUGGAGAAGAUUUACCCGAUGCAGAGCUCGACAAACGUAAGUGUGAUAUCGAUAAUUUUGCUCAAAGCACAUGGCAAGUUUGCAUAAAUUAGUGAUUACAGUCUGGAAUUUUACUCCGAACGGUUCUGUUAUUUUGCGAUUUAAAAAUCUUGUUGAACGACUAUAGGGUGCCUUUUUGCAAAUUCUGGGCACAUCUCCUUAUUGCAGAUGAGAUAAAUACGUAGUUUGGAGAAAACGCGAGUUUCCAUCGUGAGUCUGAUCUCGGAUGACUCGGAAUUCAAGACAAGUCUACUUAUAUGCGUGCUUAUAAUUGCAUACAUCACAAGGCAGGACUGUAAAGAUAGCUACAUAAGCUGAUCUAAACUCCCAACUAGAUACACAUUCUUCUCACGGGUUCAAAGAAUAUUGCCUGUGUUUCAGCGCAAACGUUUCGCCAGCCAUGUCCUUUGUAAACAUUAAGGCUUAGGACUAAAAUUUCUCGCUUCACUCACAUUUAUUAGCAUAUGCAUGUAUUGGUUUACACUUACAGUGAAGUGAAUGAAACUAAAAAGAUCACAGCGAAAACGAAGCGAAAAAUCAAUGCUUUGCUUGAUGUCAGCUAUAUUUAUGCAUGAGGAAAAUUUUCGCAGGUCUCCCGAAAUUCCCACGUGAGGAAAUUUCCACUUUCAUUUGCUACAUUUUUGGUGUCACGCAUGCUAAUUUUGGAAAACCAUUCAAGUGUACAAACUACUGGGACGCUGAAUUGGCUUCCGUUGCUGUCAUUUAUAUGCGACCUACAUUUCGUCGCUAGAAAGAUAAGGAACUGGUGUUGCAGUUAACUUUAAUCAUUGCAUGGAUACUCGACAUAAUAAUUCAGCAUCAGACAGACUCUAUUGAGGGAUGUUUACAAAAACUUACAUGUGCUUUAGAGAAGAAAGGUUCCAUUUUCUCAUUAAAAUCCUACAUUUGGAUUGUAUUCUUGUUGUAUACAGUUAAUAUUUUGGGGCCCUAGUCUACAAAGUUAGAAUUUUCCAAAACAUGUUCUCUAUAGUAUUUAACAUCUCCAAGCAGACGAUGAGGUGGUUUGUAGUGACAGGGGCAAAUUUUUUCACAACACAUUAAGAUGAAAACUAGUUUUCAUUAAUUUAUAAGAGCUGACUAAACCAAUUUUGCAAACUUUGAGGGCCCACAACAAGAGUGAUUUGUACACAUGUGAUCAACAGGGCCUGGUAUGCAUGUGCUUACUAAGUAGUUAAUUUAGGAAUUAAGUUGAUUUGUCAGCCUGCAGGGGUGGAUCCAGGAUUUUUUAUUGGGGGGUUGGCUGACACCAAUCAGCCACUAAACUAUACGUUAUUAAAUUUAUUUUAAGUUGUCCUACAUUUGUCCAAAACAUGGCGAUUUAGGAAGGACAAAUUGAAGACUGUAACACUGAAACUCUUGAUGCGCCACAAAGUAGAAGAAAGAGAAGCUAAUAGUUACUGCCCUAAUACACUAACACUAACACUGAAACUCUUGAUACACCACAAAGUGGGAGAAAUAGAAUAAAUAAUAUAUUACUACCCUAGUCGGCCAAAAGUGAAGACGCUGUCAUUUGUAGAGGGUGCAGCGCUACAAAUUUCUCACAAACCACACUUGUAAAUCGCGUUUGUUUUGCAUUUGCAUGCGUGGCAAUGACGGCCAAAUGUGAGAGUUGUUUGGUGGUCAUUGUUUGGAUCAACAAAUUAUUGUAUGCUUCUAUAUUCUGUAAGCUGUUUCUGAUUGCAGUAGCAAUAGCUGAACCAGUCAUUCUUGGCAGAUCACACAUGUCGAUCAGAACCCUGUGCUUUAUUGGCUUGGAUGGGUCAGCAAUGAAGUUAAACAGGCAGAGAUACCCUGACAACACUUCUUCACAACCCUGAGAAGCUGUUUCGUCCACAAUUAAUGCUAAGUGGGGAUUCUUCUCAAGGCAGUUUUGAAAAUAUUCACAUUGUGAGGCUAGAUGGCUUCACAUGGUUUUUGGGACCCAUGUAUUGCCAUUUGUUUUCCCACGAAUUAUAUUUUUCUGGUGGGGUGUUCUAAAGGGGGAUGGCUAGCCACCUAAUCUACCCCCCCUGGAUCUGCCCCUGACCUGAAAUUAAUGGCAAGGGUUUUGUCUUUUUCACAAAUUGUUCUUUUUAGCUAAAUGCCAUUUCCACAGAAUUAAGUUGCAUUCGUUAAUUUAUAUACAAUAAAAUAUUUGUUGUUGGUUGAAUUUUCUGGAACGGUUUAAACAAUAACAUCAAUAAAAUGCUCAGCACCGUAAGCAUACUAUGUAGGAUGGAACAAGGAUUGCAACACUGAAAUGAAAUUUAAUACUUUAAUCUUCCAAUGGCAAAAACCUUAUUUGAAACUACUGUUGGUUAGUGACGGGCAAAUGUUCGGAUGUAGAGGAGAUAACCUUUGGUCACAUAUAUAUGAACUUUUAAUAACAGUAUUUUUAAGCUUAUUAGUGGCUUGGUCAUCUCAACUUCUGCAACUGGAUACUCAACUUAAAAAAGUUUGUUAAGAAUUUAAAAGAAAAGUGUUUUGUAAGGGGCAUCUUACCUGUAAGAUUGAAGCCAAUUGUUUGAGAGGUGAUAUAGUUAAGUGCAAACUGUAUCAUUUUGUUUCAUGCUAGUAAUUAACAUUUUUAUUGCCUUAAGUACAAACCUCCUAUACGUUAUUAUGUUUGAUUUAACACUCUUUUCUUUUUAUUCUUUGGUUGCUUUCAAUAGUUGCACAAGCAGAGGUAAUUGUUCCCCCUGGACUUGAAGUCAAAGAAUCUAAUAUUCCCAAGGCUGGUCGUGGAGUGUUUGCUAAGUGUGUAAUUCCCAAACAUGACUUUUUUGGUCCAUUUAUUGGCAAAAAGAUUCCUGCCGAGGACGCAAAGAAGUAUAAAGACUCUCUGUAUGUAUGGGAGGUGAGAUCUUGUUUUAUUUGCUUGUUAUUUAAACAACAGAACAAAAUAAUAAUGAUUGUUUGGUGGACAAUGAGGCAAGGUGGGUAAAGGCUCACAGGAGCCAAAGGCCCGAUUUGGCCGGAGUUUAUCCUGGUGUCUUUAGCAUGAAGCAUGCCUAGGAGUGAUAUGCUACUCCCCACUGGACAGGAUGCUAGUCCAUCGCAGGGUUACCCCCCAGAAGUAUGUUGCUGGUACCCAUUUAUACACCUGGGUGAAGAGAGACAAAGUGGAGUUAAGUUUCUUGUCUCAGGAAACAAUGCAACAGGCCAGGCUUCAACCACACUCAACCACAUACGCCCCCACCAGUAGACAAUGAAGCUAAAUAUAAUUAUCAGUAUCUUUUUUGAGUAUGAUCAUCUAGUUCACUUAACUUGAAAUCGUGAAAGAUUAUUAUUGUUCUCCAAAAGAGGUUUUAAAGUCAAGUCUCUUUUGCAGAUGAUUGGAUCUGCCAGAAAUGGACAGCGUUGUUAAUUUUUUGUCAAUUGUUGUCUUUGUUAUUCCUGUUUUGUAACUGUUUGACCUUUAAGAUUUGAGUGUUGUUAAGUGACAUUGUAGCAUACUUUGGUCAAUCCACUAGUAACAUUUCAUGCAUUAGUCAAAUUUAUUUUGUGAUCAGUUAAUUUUAUUUGAUACAGUUGUCUGUUUGUUUCCCUGAGAAUGUAAAAAUGGCAGCGGAGGAGGGCGAUCAAAAGUCUUAAUCUUCCUCUAGUAAAAAUGGGGCCUGCCUUUAGAUUAUUAGAGAUACAGUUGUGGAGGAUAAAAACUGUGUCACAAACUUGUAGGUACGAGAUGACUAUGGCAAGCUGAUGCACCUUGUUGAUGGUCGUGAUGCAUUUCAGUCCAAUUGGUUACGCUAUGUGAAAUGCUGCCGCAGCCCAGCUGAUCAGAACAUCCGUGCUGUUCAGUAUGAUGGAAAUAUCUAUUACAUGGCAACGAAACAGAUUGAGGUUGGAGACGAACUCCUGGCAUGUUAUGGAGAAAAGUUUGCCCGGAUGCUGGGGAUAAAAGUGCCAAAGAAAACAUCCUCCAAGGAGAAAGGUGUGUAUUUCAUCCUCUCGGUCUUACAUUUAACUGCCGCCUGGUUAGCUCAGUUGCGAGAGGCCUGACCUGUCUGCCGAGCAGGAAGACACAGGUUCAAUCCACGACCAGCUGGUCCAACAACCAGAGUUUUAAUAACCUGGUAAGAUCAUGCAGGCUGUGAUUCAAGAUUUUGUCUCAGUUCAGAUGAUCGCGUCAUUGGGUGGUGACGUUAACUAAGCUGUGGGCUUUCUAUCCUUCAUCCUUCCUUAUCAACUGGAAAGAGGUGUGAAGGAAUGAAAAGAAUUUGAAAAGAGUAGAUGUAGACCUUGUGGUGUGGUCUACAUUUCUCAUGGGGGAGGGGACCGUUACUAGCCUGCAGUGACCCUGCCAAAAAUUGGCCAGUCUAAGAAUAAUAGCUGUCCCUGUUUGUAAUUGGCUCAGGGAGAUCAGGGUGAUAAAUGAAAUCCUAUUUUUUGUACCUGUGAAGUACACAUGCAUAGUAUUGUUGGUGUGACCUCCUAUACCUACAAUUGCCAGUAUCCACCAUCCAGGGGAGUUUGGGGGGGAGGACAACCAUAUAUGGGCUAUAUAGGUAUGUGCCAUUGUGAAGGGUAUGGUUUUAAGCAUUUUUAGGGAAAGGAAAUUUAGUUCGCGCUAGCGGGGAAUUUGAGUUAUCCGAGUUUGAGUUAUCGAGGUUCUACUGUAUUAUUGGUUGAAGAUUUUGGUCGUCACAAGGUAAACAGGGAAUUGACACUAAAAAAAAUGCAGUUGGCAAAUUUAAAUGUAAAUUUACCUGCAACUCAGUUUUAUAGCAAUAAAUUAGCAUCUGAGGUUUCUGGAAAAUGGUGACUCUAGGAUAGGGAGGGAUUUUGAGAGUUUAGUCUACAGAUAGGAUUCCCAGCUGCACAUCCCCAUCCCAGAAGUCCUUAAGUAUCCCAAGGAUUUAUUGAUAAAGACCUAUCAGGACUUGAACAAGCGACUCCCAUAAAAAUGUCUCCUUUUUUUUCUCUACAGAACCUGCUGAUGAAAGUUUUGGCUGCAAAAACUGUGGAAAAAUGUACAGUAACCCUGCAUCACUUAUUGGUCAUCUUAAGUACAAGUGCAAUACAGGUAUUGAAAACAUUUUAUUUCUUGCAUGAAGUCUUUAAGCAAAGGAUCAAAUUAAAAGCCAUAUUUUUUACUACUGAAAAGAUGCAGUACAGCUGUGCAUGUCAUGUCAAAUCGUGCCUUCAACAAUAUAUAAGCUAAGGCAAUCUGAAAAAUAAUUUAAGAGCUUAGUUAAAAGCCUUUACGUGGCUAUCUUAUGUCACUCAUCCAUUCAAUUCAAUCCUUUUCAUUUUUUCAGGACAGCAAAGAAGCAUAUUUGUACCUCAGCCUGUUGGUCCACGUGCUGCUAUUCCUAAGAUCAAGGUGACUGAAGAGUAUGCUCGCCAACAGAAUGAGAAACUAAAGAAGUUUAAGUGUGAUGAGUGUGGAAAGGCAUUCAUCCGCAAUUACACCUUACAGUGCCACAAGUUGAUUCAUACUGGUAUAAAGGAACACAAGUGCGCUGAAUGUGGCAAGGAAUUCACCCUACUAAAGCAUCUUCAACGACACCAGCUGGUUCAUACUGGGGAGAAGCCUUACAAAUGUCACCUCUGUGGACGUGCAUUCUCCCAGCAAGGCAGUCUUCAGGCUCAUAGCCGCACUCAUACUGGAGUCAAGCCCUAUUCAUGUAAAAUCUGUGGGCGGGCCUUUGCACUGCAGUCUCCACUACUGUCCCACAUGAGGACACACAGUCAAGAGAAGGCCUUCAAGUGUGAGACGUGCGGAAAGGCUUUCACUCAUAGAAACACCUUGUCCAGGCAUGAGCUUAUCCAUACUGGUGUCCGCCCUUUUAAAUGUGACCAAUGUGGCAAGACCUUUACUCAGACCAAUGAUCUCAAGCGCCACAGUCGCAUUCAUACUGGUCUGCGUCCUUACAAGUGCCACAUUUGUAACAAGACCUUCACAGUGGAGUUCACAUUGGUUUGUCACAUCCGCACCCAUACUGGUGUUCGCCCUUACAAGUGUGACUACUGUGAUAAGACCUUUACCCAGCCUGGUGCCCGACUGAAACAUGCGCGAAACAAUCACCCUGACAAGCCACUUCCAGGCAAGGUGAGUGGAACAUUUAAUUUUUGUUUUAUUUAUUUAUAUGCCUCACAAUAAUAGAAAUACAGUACAUAUAUAAUGUGUAAGGUAAGUACAAGUGAAAGGAAGUGGAGAGGAGACCUAGCAGAAACUGUAGGAGCUUUUGAGAGGUAAUAGACCUCCUUGAACUUAACGAGCUGUAUUAACUGUUUUAAACUGAAUAAAAGAUGGUGUUAAGUUAAAGGUAGAAAAGAUUUAUGAUCGUUUUUUUAUAUGUACUUAUUAAUUUAAUCUUUAAUAUUUUCUUAAAGGAGGACAUGAAUUAAAACUUAGGUCCUUGAAAAAAAAACUUAGAACUUCUUAGUGUUUGUUCCACAGUAGGAUAGAUAAUGGGCCUGGGAAUUUCUUGUAUUGUAACAGUAGAAUAUUGAUUACUUUGGAAGAAUUUGUUAUAAAACCUUGGAGGCGAGAAUGAAUUUUUGAGAGAAUAUGUUUACUAUGAACUCCCAUAACAGUGGACAACCUCAGGACUGCGAGGUAGCCUUUGUAGUAGCAAGAAUCCGUAAUAGUUAGAGUCUAUUUCAGUCAAAUAGGUCUGUAAUAUUUAUUUUUGAUGGGGAUUUAGCUGCUGAUUGUGUCACCAGGGAGUCUGUAAUAGCAUUAAAUGAGAGGUGGGAGUUGAUUGCAAGUAGGUAUUGCCAGUUACAAUUUUUCGUUAAUUUUUAUAUUGUGGUGGCAAAUGAAAGUGCACAACAGCUCUCACCUUUUAGCGUAACUUUUUUUAUAACAUAGCUAGAAAAUUCGCCUAAUCAAAUUCAAUAGCGCGAGCGUGCUUCAUAUUCCUAUUGAGCACGCUGAUGACGUCAAUAAACUAUUCGUAAUUCCUCGAGUGGUUGUGAGCUUAGCAAUCCUGAGUCUCCUGAGUGCAUCCAUAACUCAGCAAUAGACAAGGAAGCGUUUACGAUGUGUUUUAUAAGGAAAUUUAAGAGGAAACGUUUGAAUUUGUUAACCGAUAAUAGUAAGGAAAAGAGGUGAGUGUUGUUGUUGUUGUUGUUGUCAUCUCCGCGAGCUGUGCGGGCUAUGGCGUAAGAUCAUUCUUUGCAAACUUGUUUUCUCUCAAUAACAAUUUUUCGGUAAAUUAAUAGUUUUCCGGCACCUAAAUAUGGAUUUUAUAAUCAUUUUAGAGUACACUUUCUCUCAGUUUCAGGAUAAAAACAUAAGAUUAACUGUGAGGAAAAAAAUAUAUAGUCACGUAAACAUUGACGCGUACUGCUUUGAGCGCACCCUACAAUAAUAAAAUUAUAAGUUAACUGAUGCAUUGAUCGCUUUGAUGAUGUUAUAAAACAAUUAGUUCAUGCUGCAGCUGUGCGUAUGUCGAGUUAUUGAGCACUUGGGAAGUUUGGAGAGCACUCAAGAGGCUAGAGUUGCACUCGGCUGCGCCUCGUGCAACUCUUACGCCUCUUUCGUGCUCUCCAAACUUCCCGCGUGCUCAAUAUCUCGACAUACGCACGCUGACGCAUGAACUAAUUGUUAAAUGCAUGGCUAUUAUUUUAACCCUUUUACUCUUAGAUGGUGAGAUGAUCUGAUAUCUAGCUUUUACUUGUCAACAUUCAAAUGAAACCACUUUGGCAAAACAUUUCAGCUGACAUUUGUAUAUUGCGAUUUAAAUUUUAGGAUUUUACGAAAAAAAUUGAAUUUUUUAUUAUUUUGCUCACUUUUUGGGGUGAAAGAAUCAGGGGCACCCAACGGCAAUUUUCGGGAAAAUAUCUGUUCGGAAGACGAUUUGAGAUCUAGAAUUUUCGGGACAUUUGUUGUAAAAUUUCUUGCUUGCCUGCCUCUCCUAGGAUUUUCGAACAGCUACAAAAUGGUAUAAUUACCCAUUUUUAACGGAUUUUGACCCUAAAAAAGGCCACCUAGAAUUUUCGGGAGCCUUUUCCUGGCUGAAAUUUUCGAGAAGGUAAGUUUUUAUCCCUAUAAUUUUCGGAUCACUAGACUUUCAGCUAGGAAAUCCGAACAGAUGAAAAGUUUUUAGGGGAUAAAAAUGUGCCUAUAUCUACUGUUUGAAUACUAAAAUACGUUUGACAAUGCUAUGUUAAUUGGUUUUGAACUAUAUCCUCGUUGGGUGCCCCUGAAGAAUUAUAUUGGCUUAAAAAAGAGGAGGUGAAUGCUGAUCUCAGAACAUUUUUCCUCAUGUUAUUUUAAGGAGACAAGUACAGCUACCUCAGCAAGUGCAACCACAUCACCCUCUCAAAGUGAAGAUCAAGAUGUUGAGUUAACUGAUGUCAGUAAUGAUGCUUCUGCCUCAACUGAGGAGUCCAGUGCUGAAACUGCACAGGCUGCUAAAGAUGUUGUUGAGGUGCCUUUGGAGGCUGGCUCUGUUGUUGUGGAUGUUGAAAUUCAGCUGCCGUCAGCAGCUGUUGCACCAUAAGCCACUUAAAGUAGUUGCUGCAGAAUUAAUCUUUGCCUUCCUCAUAGAAGGUUUUGGUUUUUUUGCUUUGGUUAUGACUUGCCCCUCCCCCCUGGCCUUUGUCUUGGGAGCUUAACCUCUUCCUUGUGUUUAAAUGACCGUUUUUGUUUGGAGUAUGGAUAUAAUUAUUUGGAACUGCCAAGCAACUGUGACUAGUUAAAAAAGUUUCGGUAGUUUGUAGAACCUCCAACAGGAUCCCUUUUUUACUUUAGCAAGAUGUCAUUGUUUUAGUGGUCAUUUUGGGAUGGUACCAAAUUACCUUCCUUAGUUGCUAGUCUUGCGGCAAUAAUCCUUUUAAAUUUGUCCAGCUAUUUUUAGUUAACAAGUAAAGCUGGAUCAUUGUGUGUAUGCACACUGGUAAAUUAAAAAAAAACUGAAAAGUUGAGCCAUGAGAGUUCUAAUGAUGAAUUAUUAUAAAGUUAUAAUGGUGUUAGUUAAAGAGGUGAAGGGAGGAACGACCUCUGUCAAGUAAAAAGACUCAGGGCAUGUAAGCUUAUAACUUUUUACAAAUUCUAGUUACCUUAGACUAAAGGAAUAAAAAGACAUUCUGGUGAGGUAUCACAAUAUCAACCUUAGAGGGGUGAAGGGAACCAGAGGUUUAUCUAGUGAUUCAUAUUUGUUAUUGGUGUAGGAAUUAAUUAAAUAGAAUUUGAAACUGACUGUGAUAGAAUUGAUAGGUUAGAAAAUUGAUAUUGCUUCUCUCCUUAGCAUGGCAGGCCAUUGCAUGCAUACAAAGUAACUAAAGUGUAAAAGAAAUUCGAUUUUGUAUGAUUAUACCUGUAGAUGCUGAUGAUAUUGAACUUUGCCAUGUAUCAUUCUGGCUUAUUCAUCCAAAUUUUAGGCUAAUUUCGCCGUCAUACUAUGUGCAAUAGGCCACUUGCACUAAGAGGUCACGUGACCAAUGCUUCCUUUAAACAAUGAGUUGGAAUCUUGCUGAUGCCAAAAAUUGACAGAGCGCGUAAAAAUUAUCUUACACUCGAAAU